UAAUGUAAUCGAUUCUCUUUCCAAUGUGUCAAAAGUUAGUUCCCUGACCGGGAAUCGAACCCGGGCCGCGGCGGUGAGAGCGCCGAAUCCUAACCACUAGACCACCAGGGACUAAUGGACGCGUUACACGUGUUGGAGAAUUACAACACCAUAUUUGCAAACUUGUAAAUCUGUGUCUAAUAGCUAUGUUUAAUGUAAUUCAUAGAUGUCAUGCAUUGACGUACUAAAAUACAUGUGUUUAAUUAACGCUAGGUCUCAUAGUCGACUAUAUGUGCUGUUAACACAUUAAAUAGCCUAUCGAACAGUACACUACCUAGAAGUGAGUAACGUCAGUCUAGUGUUACACUGCCCCUACCGGCCGUCACACGCGGAUACAGCAUAGAAGUCCUAACAUUCUGCCUGAAUUAAAAUCAGAAUGUCUGGAAACAUCCUACUACAUUUCACAAAACAAAAACACCCAACUGAAAGCAUUUGUUAGUCAUAAGUAAUUAAAUUUAAUCCAGAACGUGAAGGCGAUUAUAACGUAACAAGAAAUAUAUAAUUUAGGUAAACCGGCAUUUCACAACGCUUCCCCGGUGUGGUCCUGGCUCGGGUCCUUGGUCAACGUGGGAUACGCGAAAAUGUGAAGUUUAUUUUGAACCUGUCCUGGAAUUUGUGUCACAUUUUUGCCACCAUGGUCGCCUCUUCAUAGAAUACAACACAACGCCGGUCAGAGUGUCAUCUGUUUUAUCAUGAUGCCAGGGGACAAACAGUCCAGAACGGCAGCGAUCGCCGCGGACACGAUGGUUGGAAACUGUAAAAACUGUCCUGUUCUGCACCAGACCCUGACCGAAUAUGUGUCGUCAUUUCUUGCGCUGAAACAGAAGAUAGCGGCUUCUGAUGACACGAUCCGGCUUCAGCAGCAGCUCGAGGAACUGCAGAGCAGACUGAUGGCGCUGCAGAAGAAGACAGCAGAUUAUGAAUCUAUUCAAGCAGAACUGGGGGAAAAGAAGGGUGCUCUUGAGAACUCCAGAAGGAGGUGUGAAGAGAUGGACACCUUGAAGCAGAAAAACACCAAGACAAUGGCAGAGAAGAAGAAACUUGAAGACCAGCUUAAGGAUUUGGAAGAACUGUCUGAAACACGGUCCCUUGAAAACGCACAGCUGAAGAGGGAAAAGGCCAUUGUAGAAAACGAUUUGCUGAAAACACAGACGUCUUUGAGGAAAUCUCAAGCACAGGCAGAUCGUGUUGACGCAUUGAUAGAGGAGAACGCCAAGACAACAAGCAGAAAGGACAACCUUGAAAAUAAAGUUAUGCUGCUUGAAGAUUUGGUCAAUCAUAAAUUACCCAAAGAAAAGAAUCUGCUACUGAUGCAUAUCAGUGACCUCCAGGUGAGACUGGUGACACUGGAAAGAGAAAGAAAUAAAGAAUAUAGGAGCACAUCAACUCAAGCGAGUGCACCGGAGGAGCAUAAAGUUGAUAAAGAAAAGUUCCAGAUAUUGCUUGAGAACUUGUGGGCGUGUGUGGAACCCCAGCAGCAGUCCUCCGCCAACUUGUUGCACUUAUCUGAGUCCGGGUCCAAACAAGUUCUACCCAGCCCCCCACAGAACAGGCCGCGCCGUCAUCUGAAUAACGCAUUCCAUUCUGCUCCCCACAAGGCUUAUGAAUCCCCCAGUUCCCCCAUGAAAAAAAGUCUCAUUUUUACACAGUUAAAGACCUCUCCGCGUGGGCAGAAAGCUGCCAGGCAGCAAGUUUGUCACCAGUCAACAGGUGCCAUGAAGCAAACGCACACUCCCGAAGAGAGCACGCGGUUAUCCAAGGAAAGCAAAACUGAGAAGUCGUCCGAAGAAUCUGUUGAGGAGAUACUGGCAUUGUUCAAACCAAUGCUUCCCUGCAUAUCACCGCUGUCAUAUUUGGACACUGAGGUGGAAUCGAUGGAGACAACGGAUUGCGAAAAGGAGAACCAUCCCAAAAUCUCCGAGAACAAAGCUCUUCGCCCCCAAGAAGAAUCCCUGCUCAUCGCGACAUCAGUAACGAGUCCACAUUCUUCUGCGCUGCCAACAGACGAGACGGCGGACGCGCCAGUGGUCACAACACAGGAAGUGGAAGAUGCUCCUGAUGAAAAGGACUCCAAAGGCUCGGCACAAAAAGAGUUGAGCGACGUUAUGGAAACAAGUGGCACAGGUGGUGAGGAAACACAUCUUCAAGAACACGUGCCGAUUGAGCAGGACCCAGCAACUGUGCAGUUAGCGUCGGCAUCGUCUUCGUUCUCCUCCUCGUCAGACAUUACACUUUUGGUUGAGGUUGUCUCGUUAACCUCUGAAAGACAAGAGCCAUCCUGCGGUGUAAGUGACGGUAGCGGCAAGGCCGACAGCGCAUCUCAAAGGGAAAAUGCUUUCGAGGAGGCAAAGGAGGAUCGGUCCGGGACGAUAACGGAGAUGGACGUUGACACAAACCCCAGUGAUGUUACUGGUGCUGAAACAGUCACUCCCGAUGGUGGAGAGUCCCCCAGAGGGAGUGAUACAACUGCACUCUCUGCAGAAAUGGGAAAUGGGCAGUUAGUUUCUUCCUCAACGUGCAUGGACUCUGUGACGAACGCGGAGCCUGCAAAUACAGACAAUGGUUCAGAAGAUGGGGAAAGUCAUCAGGACUAUUGUGGUCUGGUACAGGACAGUCAAGAUACCACCGUCUUUGAACCCCAGGAGAACGACAGCUGUCUUGGCAAGGACACGGAGGUACCAGACAAUAACCCCUGUUUGCCAACCAGCGGCGUUGGCAUUGUUAGUAUCUCAAAUGGAAAUGUGGAAGAAAGGCUUGAAAGUGAUGCAUCAACAGAACCUCUUCGGGAGGAAGUUGGGAACAAAGCACAAGGAGCUGGAGUGGUUGGUGUGUCAACUUCUCCCUCAGAGUCAAAUGGGGAUAAAAGACCUCCGUCUCCUAGCGAGUCUCCACUGUUGAAGAUAGAGGAUGGUGAUGUCGACCGUGAAUCUGCUGGUGCAAAUGUUGAAACUCCUUCGAAAAAGAAUGUAGACAUGGAGACAUUGAACAGUGAAAUGCUAGCAGAUCAUGGGUCUCCCCAAUCCGACUCCCAAGAGACCACCACCUAUGAAUCUCUGAAAGAAAGCCUCCACUCGGCAUGCAGGCAGCCGAGUCCUACAUGUUUGUUACCCACUUUGGAAUUGCAGACGUUGUCUAAAUUGGAGGAAGACAAAGUCAUUAAAAAAGACAUUGUCAAAGACCUGCUUCAGGAGAGCAUAGAUGCAAGUGACUAUAAACUGAGCAAAUAUAACUUGCGCUCUAGGAGCGCUGCGGCCACAAAUGGACAAAAUGAAUGUUUGGAAUCAUGUAUAAAAGAGCCUGAAAAAGCGAGCCCUCGUGUGAUCGGAGAGGAGAAAGUGAGCCUUCGUGUGAUCGGAGAGGAGAAAGUGAGCCUUCGUGUGAUCGGAGAGGAGAAAGUGAACCUUCGUGUGAUCGGAGAGGAGAAAGUGAGCCCUCGUGUGAUCGGAGAGGAGAAAGUGAACCCUCGUGUGAUCGGAGAGGAGAAAGUGAGCCCUCGUGUGAUCGGAGAGGAGAAAGUGAACCCUCGUGUGAUCGGAGAGGAGAAAGUGCGGAGAGGAGAAAAGGAGAAAGUGAGCCCUCGUGUGAUCGGAGAGGAGAAAGUGAACUCUCGUGUGAUCGGAGAGGAGAAAGUGAGCCCUCGUGUGAUCGGAGAGGAGAAAGUGAACUCUCGUGUGAUCGGAGAGGAGAAAGUGAGCCCUCGUGUGAUCGGAGAGGAGAAAGUGAAGACUCGUGAGAUCGGAGAGGAGAAAGAGAAAGUGAGCCCUCGUGUGAUCGGAGAGGAGAAAGUGAACCUUCGUGUGAUCGGAGAGGAGAAAGUGAGCCCUCGUGUGAUCGGAGAGGAGAAAGUGAGCCCUCGUGUGAUCGGAGAGGAGAAAGUGAGCCCUCGUGUGAUCGGAGAGGAGAAAGUGAACCCUCGUGUGAUCGGAGAGGAGAAAGUGAGCCCUCGUGUGAUCGGAGAGGAGAAAGUGAACCCUCGUGUGAUCGGAGAGGAGAAAGUGAGCCCUCGUGUGAUCGGAGAGGAGAAAGUGAACCCUCGUGUGAUCGGAGAGGAGAAAGUGAGCCCUCGUGUGAUCGGAGAGGAGAAAGUGAGCCCUCGUGUGAUCGGAGAGGUGAAAGUGAGCCCUGUGAUGCAUUCAACUGCAGCUCGGCCCACAGAGUGCAUCGGCCAAGUUCGCUCUGAAAUGGGCCCUCCGCUUCCUCGACUCCUAACCCCUCUAUCUACGCCUCCAAAAGCGGGCAAAUCAAUCAAUCCAAGGCAGGCUAUUGGGAAACUCUCCUUUCCCUCGCCCAUGAAUCGAUUAGCUUCGCCUACCACUCCUAUCCAGGCCCACUUGACACCCACAAGCCAGCACCUGGGUUCCUCAUCUUUGAGCAGUCCGCUCCGUUCGAACGGAGUCCCGUCAUCACCACUUCAGUUCGGCUCCGCCACUCCAAAGCACGCCCUGCCCGUUCCGGGUCGCUUGCCCUCAACGGCAAAGAAUUCAUCCCCUUCGUCCUCCUCCAGUCCAUCGCAGGAAAACUCCAUGAGGAUUCUUGACACCAUGUACCCCGAGCUAUCGGCCCACGGCCGAACUCUGAGCAUUCUCAGAGGCAACGUCGGUCUCGGCAUCUGUUCCUCAGAGAGUGGGAUGUCCCCGACAUCGACUGACAGCCAGGUGUCCUGCUUUAACUCCACUUCAACGGCCUUCACCAAGACGGAGACGAGAGGAGCGAAGAGACAGGCCCCGUAUCUGCCUCAACCCAAAAGCAGCAAAUAUCUCCGGCUAGAUAACUGCUCUCCCACUGCCAGUCGCAGGCAGGUGCCUUCCUCCCCUUUGUCAAACAGUGGCGAGGACACCACCUCGCCCCGGACUCCAAACGCCACGCCGGGGCCAAACAUCAUACUGAACUAUUUCAAGCAGAUUGAAAGCCAGGCGUUUGAUCUGUUGCCUGUGAUUCAGAGCCACCUGUACGUUGGUAACCUGCCCAAAAAGCCCGUCUUGAGAGACGAGGAGAAGAAGGUUAUCUCUGAGAUUUGCCGCAUCAGAUCGCUUGAGGCAGAUUAUAUGACAUUGCCCAUCCUGAACAAGCUGAAAGCGGAGAAAAGAGAUCUAAGCAGGAACUACAUGCAGGCCCUGUGCAGAGUGUACACGGGGAUCUGUAGACAGAAGAGAGACUGGGAGAAGGUUCACGUCCUGGCCUACAGCCUCCUCACUGAAGAUUUCCCAGACUCUGCUCUGCUGGUGUUGUUCAUGGUGACAACAUGGCCCAAUGUUCUCUCACACAGUAGUUCUCUGUGCCAGGCGAUACACACUGUCACCAAGCUGAACGCACAAGAAAACGUCCUAAACUGCCUUUCGGCAUUCCUUGGAUGGGAGAAGAGUCCUCCCUUUGACAUCGACGCGCUGAUCUCCAGAACACUCUCGGAUAUUCGGUCCGGGGCAAACCAGUCUUUCCCGACACAUCCUCGCUACGGGCAUGACCUUAGAACUGAGGCGUGGCAGAAUAUCUUCACGCUGCAACUCCUUUGUUCACACAAGAAGUGGAUGUGGACCUAUGAGAACAUAUUGGGCAAGGAGUUGUGGCCAUUGAUGAACACUUGGGUGAGCCAGCCCAGAGGGCAACAAACCCCUGUCUCCGAUAUGGGCGUCGCCACCGUACUCCGACUCAUAGGAUACCUCUGUCAACUGGGACUCAAAGAGAGGUGCGUUUCCACGGUGGGAACUGUCGCCAACGUCAUCAACACGUUUGGUAGGCGCGGACAGGCUGAAGAUGUGCCAUGGGAGGUCCAGUUAGCUGCCAUCUACUGCAUCUACGACCUGUCUCCCUGCAAUCCCAAACAAGCCAUGGAAGCCAUGGCGGAGUGGAGAGGAGAAACGUCUCGGAGCGUCCCUCCUGCCGUUACCAGCUACAUUAACCAGUUGGCUUCUGUCUGCAGACAAGGUCAAGGACUAAAAGAGAAUCACACGCUGCACUAAUCCACAUGGACAUGCGUGUGAGCCUGUUCCGAUAUCAAAGACAGCAGAAAAUACCUUUUUUUAACUUGCCGACUGGCAGCUGAUGACAGAGCUGUUUACUGUUUGGGCACAUUACAAAUGGGUGUUGUGCUCUUCCUUAAUACACAGUGCAUGGAGGUUCAUUAAGUCUUGAGUUGAAAUGUGCUGUCAAAGAUUGUUUCAGACAGUCCAACGUUUUAGUUUUUUUUGUUACGUGCACUUCUACUUUAAUAAUACAUCAUUUAAAUGUACUCUGAUUUUGUAGCAAAUUUGUCCUACUUUUUUAUUGUUGGAGCCAUGUCAAAUUGGUUUUCCUAAUAUUUUAGCUAUCCACACACCGUAAUAAAGGUACCGGCAUGACUCCCUGCCUUUUUUUUGUUGCUGUACUCAGGUAAUGUUCUAAAGUAUUGUAAAAUAGGUCGGCCCAUGUCCUCUGGUAUAAUUGUGGCGCUGCUGUAUAUGUUUCUUCAUUUGUGUGUUUGCAAAUACAAGAUAUUGCUGUUUGUGGCGAUCUUAUUUUUCAUUCAUACAGUCAAUGCUUUGUACAGUUUAACGUAUCAGAGGUUAUUUAACUUUUUCAAAUAAAAAUUUCUACAUAUUGAAACAA